ACAAUGCGAUAUUACAUCCAAACAACGCGAGAUCACAUGAUUUUACUUCCGUACCUCACGAGUCCGCAUUCAUUCAAAACAUUUAAAACACCUUGUUCAGGGAAGUACGGGUGUACGGAGUUUACAGCUUCAAUGCAAAAUCUUAAUGAAGAGCCACAUUAGUUUAACUCUGCACUUCACGACAGACCCCGUGUGAGCCCACGCACCAUGUUUCUGCUCAGAUUUGGAGUCACACUGACGCUGCUGUUUACAUUUUCAGUAAGUAUCUACACUUGCUUCACCUUUUUUUUCUCAACAAGGAAGGAGCCGUGCAGUCAGCCCUGCUGCUUAAAUGUUAGAAAAGAGGCGAUAAGACUGUUUAACCAAAGCUACUCGCUCUUAUCAACAUACUAGCCUGUUUGUUAAAGCUAUUUCUCACCCCUGUCCCCAGUCUGCCUCAUAAAUCUGAGUUAUUGAUAUAUUUUGUUUGCGCUCCCAUGGUAUAAGCAUUAAAAUGUCGGCGAAAUAAGCAGAUCUGACAUAGCUGGGCCCAGGCAGACUCACUUCUUUAGUUAGAACAAAUUAAGUAUAUUUGCUUUAUUUUCAUCCGGAUUUUAAAGUUUUCAGAAGACAGUUUAUCAAAUGUGUGUGAGAGUUCCUCUAAUCUUCAAGGUCUAAAAUACAUAUCUGGCCUUUGAUAAUGAAUUUUGUACACAAAAGCUUUAAACAUAAUUGUUUUAUUACAGAUUGGACUGUAUGUUGUGUGUGAAGUAAAGUAAAAGGUAAAGGUUACCAGCUGGUCCAAAGUCAGCUGAGAUGCCAGCCCUCUGCCAUAAAAGCAUGAAACAUAAACAUUGAAACCCAAGGGAAGCUGACUCAGCUGACUGUAAACAAAAAUGUUGAUUAACAAAAACCUUUUGUCUACAUGUGAGUAAUCUUGUCGUGUGUUUUACCUGCAGCUCGGGAAAACUCCGACGUUCAGCAUUGAUUACAAGAAUGACUGCUUUAGGAAGGAUGGUGAAGUGUUUCGUUACAUCUCAGGGAGCAUCCACUACAACAGGAUCCCCAGAGUUUACUGGAAGGACCGACUCCUGAAGAUGUACAUGGCAGGGCUGAACGCCAUCCAGACGUACGUUUACUUCAUGUCUCAUUUGUAUUUUGGAUUUGUAACCUACUGUACACCAGAGAGUUUAUCAUCCAAAAAUAUCUGAAGGAUUAAAGGCCUUCUGCUCAACAUCACUUUGGGCUUUCUAAAAGGUGUCUGAUCCAAGUUUCCUGCGUGCAUUAGCUACAAGGUCGAUGUUUUUAUGUUGAAGGUACAUCCCUUGGAACUACCAUGAGGAGUCGCCAGGUCGCUACAACUUUAGCGGGGACCGGGAUGUGGAGUAUUUCCUUCAGCUGGCUCAGGAUAUUGGUCUCCUGGUCAUCCUGCGGCCUGGACCCUACAUAUGUGGAGAGUGGGAUAUGGUGAGGGUGUUUGUAACUUUUUCUGUAUUUUCAUAAUCAGAAAUGGAGAAUUCAGUAGAAAAAUGCAGACACUGUGUAUGAAGCUGGAUCAACCCAUUUAAGGGAAGGAGUGACAAUCGUUUCAAUCAUUUCACAAAAGCUGUCCUGCUCCAGACAUCGCACUUCCUCCUAAAAUAAAGAUAAAUAUAUUUUUUGUGGAACUGUAUUUAAAAAGAUUUGAAAGGUAUCUUUGUUUUAGUAUUUUUAUUUGAUGCUACUCAAUAUUCCUUCACCAAAACAUUGCAGAGGGAAAUGUUUAAGGUUACUUCUUACAUCUCUUUGAAACAAAAUUAAUUCCCAAAUAUUAAAAACAUAAACCUCCAGUACACCCUGCCAUUAAAAUCCUCAAAAAGCAAUCCAUGAGGGUGUCAACAUUUUUUGACUGUUGUCACUACUUUGACUAAAUAAAUAUCCUUAUAUCUCCUCCAUCACUGCUGAGUGGCAACACAGUGCAGUUUUGAAUUGUAGAUUAUUUUUGGCAAUUAAAGUUGAACUAGGACAGUAGUUCAGUGAAAUCUAUCAGCCAGUUAAAGUUUAGGUAUGUAGUUUCACAGUGAGAAAAAUAUUAAAAGUAAUCAUUUUGUUUUGUUUAUUUUUUGUUCUAAAUAUGUCAAUUAAACUUGCAUUUAGCAGUACUUGGUAAAACAUGAAUAUUUGCAGCCUACUGUGUGAAUGGAUAGGUUGAAGUGGAGUGCAUUAAUUCUACAUUAUUCUACAGUUACAGUUUUUACAGUCCAGUUCUUAAGUGUAACGGUUCUUUGGUUUUUGGGUUCAAACCUCCUGUCAUUGUUUUCUUCAUUUAGGGUGGGCUCCCUGCUUGGCUUCUUGACAAGAAAGAUAUUGUACUGAGGUCUUCAGAUCCAGGUGAGGUCAAAGAUGAGAAAAACACAAGGUAAUAUGGUCACAUUUGCUCGCUGCAUUGUGUCUAACAGUAUUUUUUGUUUGCAUCAGAUUACAUAGCAGCAGUAGAUAAGUGGAUGGGGACGUUGUUGCCAAUGAUGAAGCCGUUUCUUUACCAGAACGGUGGUCCCAUCAUCACUGUACAGGUGAGCUCUGAGUACUUGUCUGACUUCUGCAGAUUUGUUUUUGUUGUUUGCACAAUGAAUCCUCCAGCUCUGCUCUUGUUUUUAAAGGUGGAGAAUGAAUAUGGCAGCUAUUUUGCUUGCGACUACAACUACAUGCGUCACCUGUCUCAGCUGUUCCGUUCUUACCUGGGUGAUGAUGUGGUGCUUUUCACCACAGAUGGCGCUGGGGUUGGCUACCUUAAGUGUGGCUCGAUACAAGGUCUCUAUGCCACUGUUGACUUUGGGCCAGGUGGGUGUCAGGUGUUCAGUUUGUGUUCUCCAAGUAUUUUAUUCGUUCAAAAGUCAGAACAGGCAGCAUUCCCUGAAUGCUUUACAGUCAAAUGAAAUCAAAUGCCUCCAGAGAUAGGUUACAUGAGUCCUCAGUCCUGUUUUUCCCCUCUGACUUACUAUCACAUUGCAGAUUAGACACAAGUCUUGAGGAAACUGCACCUAAACAUCUGAGUUUCUUUUUGUGGUUUGAAUCUGUCAGGUGGAAAUGUGACUGCAGCCUUUGCUGCUCAGAGACAUGCUGAACCUCAUGGACCUUUGGCAAGUAUUUCCUUUGAUGCAGUUGAACUCCACGGUUUUGAGGCCAUUCUCUGCUCUGAAGCUCAUGUUUUCUCUUGUGUUUACAGGUGAACUCAGAGUUCUACACGGGCUGGUUGGAUCACUGGGGGUCACGUCACUCUGUUGUGUCGUCUGCCAGAGUGGCUAAAUCUCUCAAUGAAAUCCUGUCCAUGGGGGCAAAUGUCAACCUGUGAGUCUGCAGAUUUCUGUAACAGGUUUCACGAUGUGUUGAGGGGUGAUGCUAUUCCUCAAACAAUCACAGACUUAUUUAGAUAAAGAAAACCAUUAACAAACUGUGGAUGAAGCAGUUUUAAAGAAAUGCUGCAUAGCUUAAAUCUGGAAAUACAUUCAUGAAAGGAAUUUAAGUCUUUUCAACUUCCUUGUAUUAAUUUACGUUUGUCUUUUAGUUACAUGUUUAUAGGAGGAACAAACUUUGGAUACUGGAACGGUGAGUGUACUUUUACAGAUUGGUCUAAUCAGAUGAUAUAAUCAUUUAACACAGCAUAUCCAGUGGCAUCUUUUGUUGUCAAAGCAAGAAACAUUACAUAUUAUUUUUCAGGUGCCAAUGGACCAUUCGCUCCACAGCCCACAUCGUAUGACUACGAUGCCCCACUCUCAGAGGCAGGAGACCUCACUGAGAAAUACUUUGCCAUUCGGGAGGUGAUUAAAAUGGUGAGCGCACUCAGAUGGGCAGACUUAAGCUGUAUAUGUGCAACUAAGAACCAUUUGAAACCUACAAAAACAUAAGGGGUUAAUUUUAUUUCCCACAUUUUGUUUAGCAUACUUUAUUUUACAUUUUCUUAACAGUACCAUAAGAUACCAGAGGGGCCGGUACCACCAACAACCCCAAAGUUUGCAUACGGAGCUGUUGUCAUGAAACAGGUAUUUGUCAUUUUCUAUAAACUAUUAUUUAAAAUUAUAAAGUACUUUGGGUUAUAAAAUGUUUUGUUUUUGCCCCCACAGCUCCAGACAGUAUCUGAUGCCUUAGAGACGCUCUCUUUGUCAGGACCCGUCAAGAGCGUGUUUCCUCAGACUUUCAUUGAACUGAACCAGGUGCCUUUGAGUGAUUUUCUUGACUGAAAUGCAAAACUAUAUAAAAGUUAAAGGUGGCAUUUUAUCUUAUUGAUUUUUUCCUCUUUUUUUUGUUUUCCUCGCAGGCCUUUGGCUACAUACUGUACAGGACUCAUCUGCCUGUCGACUGCAGCACACCAACUCCUCUGUCAUCUCCACUGAACGGGGUCCAUGACAGAGCGUAUGUGUCGGUGGAUGGGGUGAGUCUCAUGCUGCAUUCAAGUGCACCUCUGAUGGUCCCAUUUUUACAAGUCAUGCCUCUGACUCCUAUAUUCACAGCUUGAAAUUUAGUGUACAGCGUUAAACAACAGGGACAUUACACAUAAAAACUAAUCCAGUGUCAUUUCCAAAUGUGUAUUCAAUAUACUCAGACAUACAGCGACUGAUUUCUUCUAAAGGUGACCAUGGGGAUUCUUGAAAGGAACAAAGCCAUAGCUGUCAAUGUGACGGGGAAAGCCGGCAGUCAGGUGGACUUACUGGUGGAGAACAUGGGCCGGAUCAACUAUGGAAAGAACAUCAACGACUUUAAGGUUAUCUUUUCCUCAAGAUUCUGUCUGUGUUCUUGUUAACUUUUACAUCUAUAUGUGUGUUAAAGGGAAGACUGUGCGUCAGGAUAAGUUAUAAAUUAAGGUUAUGGUUACCACAACCAAAUUACUUUUACAUAAUAUUUUUUUAAUUUCUGUGAAGGAUGACAUCUUGUGAUCUUGCCAAGAAUGACAGCUUUUAUUUUUACUUUUUGCUUCACAGGGCCUGGUGUCUAACCUGUCUCUAGGUGCAAACACGCUUCAAGGCUGGACCAUGUACAGUCUUGAUAUUGAUGAAGCGGUCAGUCAGGGCCUUCUUGGUGAAACUAAACCAACAGCUCCUCCACCUCCUCCCACUGCUCUCUCACUUCCAGCAUUUUAUGGGGGGAGUUUUAUCAUUCCUGAUGGUAUCCCAGAUCUCCCACAGGACACCUACAUCAAGCUGCCAAAGUGGAGAAAGGUACAUUAUACUUUCCCUUUAAACACAACCCUGUUUGUUUGUGGGGGAGUUUGGCUAAACUGAGCCAAAAAUGAGCCAAAAUAACCUCUAGCAUAGUUGCAAUUGCAUAAAGGAGUAUGUUUUGAUAUGAUUAAAGAUUUAUUCAUUAAAAUGUUGUAUUGAUAAAGUGAACUAAUAACUGGCUCUUUGCAUUUGAUGUCUGACAGGGCCAAGUUUGGAUCAACGGCUUUAACCUGGGACGUUACUGGCCAAGUCGAGGGCCACAGGUGACACUCUUUGUCCCUGCCAACAUCCUGAGUACAGCUGAACCCAACAAUGUGACCGUCCUGGAGCUGGAGAAGGCUCCAUGCAGCUCAGGAAUGUGCAGUGUGGAGUUUACCUCCAUGCCUGUCCUCAAUGCAACAGUCAAGUCUAUCGCCAAACAACACAGGCGGCUCUUCUCAAAAGAGGAUUUGCUGUGAUAUUCAGGGGACUCUCUGCUGCACAAAAGGAAUUAUAUUGCACUUUUCACUGAUCUCAAAUCAGCACCUGUGUGAGCUUGUAAAUGUUUGAUUGAGGAGAACAAAAGGUAUGAUAUGUUAAAGACUGUGAGUUCAGGGCUUGUUAUCAGUGAUUGAAGGUGUUCCAAUGCACUAUGGUCAUCUCUACCUCACUGACUCUUUUUUUUUCUUUCUUUUUCACAAAGUGAUUAUUGCCAAAACAUCACAGAGGCCUGUAUUUUAAGAGAAUGUUUAUUUUAUUCGUGGGAAAAAUGAUAUCAGGGAAACACAACAUGUAUCAUCAUAUGAUUACAGACACAAUAUGGGAUGAGUGAUCUUGUUUUAAAUUUUUUUUUUUAAAUGCAGUUUAAGUGAAUACUUGUGAAGCAUUUUCCGUGUGAAGUAAGAAAUAAAAACAGAUUUUAUAACACAUCAACAA